ACGAACCGUGUCCGUCCGCUGUUGAUUUACACGCAUUCGGGUAGAUGCGGUCCGAUGACGACGACGAAGAAAACGACAACAAAAAUAGAAUAAACAAUGUCGACGGGGUGUGCGUAAAAUAAUAUUAUAUUAUAGUGCUGUGUGCGAUUUGUCCAUGUCCGGUAUUAAACUUCGAAAAAUUAUUGUUUACAGCACCCGUUGAUGCCGAGAGCCGUGCGAGGAAGAAUUAGUGCGCUUCAAAGGACCUAAGAUGGGAGACGCCAAAUACGAUAAUCAUGAAAACAGACUGAUGUUUAGUUUACAACAAAUGAUGAAUUCUGAACAUUUCGCAGACGUCGUUAUAUGCUGCGCCGACGGAUACAAAUUAAGAGCUCACAAAGUUGUACUAGCGUACUGCAGUUCGUAUUUGCAAACACUGUUCCUCGGCCAUCCUGGACCUGACGACAGCAUUACGAUCAUCCUGCAGGACGUCGGGCACGAGGACGUGAGCCGCGUCCUGGAGUUUGUGUACACGGGUGCGGCCGUCGUUCCGGGACACAAAAUGGAUGGUUUCGUUACGGCCGCUGGAGCCCUGGGAAUUGGGCCGCUCCUUGACCCGCGACGACACUUGGAAAUGUCUUCGGUCCAGUCACAGGCUACCCAAAAUCAUCCGUGCUCUCCAGCCACAGUCGCGAAUGAUCUGACGCCCCUAACAAUGACUCCACCGCAGCAGCAGCAGCAGCAGCAGCCUUAUUGUAGGGUGCGUCAGCCGCCCAGAACCACGGGCAUUCUGACACCAUCGCCAUGGACUCAGAAUUUCCGCCCGCCAUGCGCCACUCCUAGGUACUUGACUCCAAAGACCGUGCAACCUGACUCCCUAGUAAUUCCAGUAAACUCGCCGACAGCGAACACAAUUCAGGUUACGGAAAUCCAAGAAGGACCGCUUCCUAUUCCGCUGCCGUCAACGCCGCCGGAAGAGCCUACAACUGUUUCAAUACCACCGUCACCGUCAACCGACAGCGACAAAGAUACGAACCAAAAACUUAAAGUUACCAGCGAUGCUAAUAAUAACGGGAUACCGGAGAAAGACCGGAAUGCAAAUCAAACAAAAAGUCAUGUUUGUCAAGAAUGUGGAAAAACUUUCGUUACCAAAGCGUCUCUUAAGAUCCACCAGAGGACCCACACGGGCGAGAAACCGUUUGUGUGCGAAUCGUGCGGCAAGCAGUUCAGCCAACUGCGCAACUACAAGUAUCACAGGUCCGUGCACGAGGGCACCAGAGAGUUCUCGGGCAGCUGCCCGGAGUGCGGUAAGCUGUUCAACGACCGCGGUUACCUGAGCUCGCACAUGAAGAUCCACCGGAACCGGAAGGAGUACGAGUGCGAGUACUGCACGAAGAGCUUUAACCAGCGGGUGGCGUACAACAUGCACGUGCGCAUACACACGGGCGAGAAGCCGCACGGUUGCCACCACUGCGGCAAGUCGUUCACCAGGAAAAUGUUGCUCAAACAGCACCUGCGCAUACACACCGGCGAGAAGCCGUUCUCGUGCGCGGUUUGCCACAAGCCGUUCGCCGACCGGUCCAACAUGACGCUGCACAUGCGCCUGCACUCGGGCGUCAAGCCGUACGCGUGCGCGGUGUGCGCCAAAUCGUUCACCAAGAAGCACCACUUGAAGACGCACAUGAACUACCACACGGGCGUCAAGCCGUACUCGUGCGACAAGUGCGGGCUGAGCUUCAGCCAGAGCAGCAACAUGAGGACGCACCUGAAAAAGUGCAGUGCCGUCGCGACGCCGCCGCCGCAGACCGCCGUGGCCGUGGUGACACCGGCGGCGGCCGCGCAGCCCGUCUGAAAACCAGGCUGCCACCGAGAGACAACGCGCCGUCGCCGUUUAUUGCGUUUCUCGAACAAAUCGAAACGGUUUUCACCGCACACUUUCCGAUUGGGCCUCCUCCUCCUCCUUCUUCUUCUUCUUACUACGCUCGCGACGGAUUUCCGACCACAAACUCCGUCGUCCUGUAGCUAUUAUAAUUUAUGAUUUUGUGUACCUAUUAUAAUAUAUAAGGUGUAUAAAUAUUGUUUUAAAUUUUUCUGUCGGACGAAUUCGAUUUUAAGUUUUAGUCGUAUAUCUUUCGUCGAAACGUAACAUGUUAUUAUAUCAUCGCACACACUGCGCGCCGGCCCAAAUGCGAAAAAAUUUAAAACGCUUAGCCCUGGGUUUCGUUACGGCGUGGCGUCGAUAGUGAACGAUGUCAUAAAAUAUUAUUAUAUCGACUACAGUAAGUUACGCUUGCACGUGAUUACGGUCGGUUGCGAUAAUUAUUGUUAAUAUAUGCGCGUCGCGGCUUACACUUUACAGUCCACCGUACCUAGCCCAUACACUUUCUACAAGGACGAACGAUCGAUAAUCUGUUGACGCGGCGGUCGCGUGAAAUAUUAUCAGAAGUAUAAUGCCAUAAUAAUAGUAACGGCCGAUCUCGAAAUGAUCCGAAACGAAUAAGUGCCCAAAAUCAUCAAUAGGAGUCUCCUCCUAUUAAAAAAAAAAUAAUAAAAAUAUUAUUACUCGAUAAAGCAUGUACGUCUUACCUUUUUGAGAACACGAUUCUGUUCGAUUUUUAUCGAACAACGGAUUGUCAAAAUAACCCCAAAAACAACAUGAUUACGUACGAUUUUUGGACAAUUUUGCUAUUUAUUAUUUGUUAUUGUCGACUAGUUUAAUUUUCUUAAGUUUAUUUUAUUUUAAAAUAAAGAUCAAUAAAAACUAAAACUGUUUGACAUACAAUUGGUGACUUACAAAAUCUCCCGGCGUAUCAAUUAUUUGCGGGCGAGAUUUUUUCUCGAUGUGCGACAUGACGACUUUUUUUAAUCACUUAAGCAAUUUGACCAGAUACAUUGAACUUGGCUAACGACCAGUACGUGUCUGUACGUUCUCAAUGCCAAUGCCAAGUUUGUGAUUAAUCGUCACGAACGAGUCAAUAAUAACGUCUUGCUGGACAAUUAUUAUUUAUUGACCGUUCUAGGCUGGUAUUAUUACUCUAUCCGAGGACUAUGAGUGUUCAGUGAGAUACAUUUUAACUAACCUGUGCGUAUCGGAAUUGUAUUAUUAUGUUUUAAACAUAUUAUUACGUGCCAUAAUAAUAAUAUUUUAAAAUGUAUAUUACUAUAUUAUUUGUUAUUAAAACGUGUAACAUUUAAAAAUCGGACCGUCCGGUAAACAUCCGACCGGAACUGGUUUAUCAAUACCACUAUGUUAUUGACCCGCGUUAGUAUGAUAUGCACAAACGGGUAAGAACCUAUAUUAUAUUUUAUUAAGCAUAAGUUAGGUACGAAGGCUUAAGUCUAAGUUUGCCUAAAUUGGGUUACUAGUGUAAAUAUUCAAAUGUUUGUGGUAUUAUAAUUAUUGCUAUUAAAUAUACUUAUUUUUUAUGAAAGUAUG